AUAUAUAUGAGGGUGUGCUUGUAAGAAGAGAUAAGAAAGAGAGAAACCAAAGUGGAGCAUAACAUGGGCGCCAUUACCAUUCUCCCAACCUUCCUCUCUGCUAAUAAACUCCUUGUUUUUGUAUGCCUAAUUGUGUUGUCAUUGAAAGAAGGGUAUGCCACUGCUGAGGCUGAGAGUCAUACCAUCCAUGUCGCCUCUCUUUUACCCUCUUCUGUUUGCACCCCUCCUGCUACUGCAAAAGGUUUGGACAAAAAGUCAUCUUUACAAGUCAUCCACAAGCAUGGCCCAUGCUCACAACCCCAUGAAGAGAAAGCAAAUAUUCCCACACAUGCCCAGAUCCUUCUCCUAGACGAAGUAAGGGUGAAGUCAAUUCACUCAAAGCUAGCCAAGAACCUAGGCUCCGUCAAUGUCAUGAAGAAGGAUGCUGCCGCCAAUCUCCCAGCCAAGGACGGCAGCGUGGUAGGGUCAGGCAAUUACAUAAUCACGAUGGGUCUUGGCACCCCAAAGAAGAAUUUAAGACUCAUAUUCGAUACCGGAAGUGACAUCACAUGGACACAAUGCCAACCUUGCUUAAGAUCUUGCUAUAAACAACAGGAUCCAAUUUUUUCACCCAGUUCGUCCUCAACUUAUUCCAAUGUUUCCUGCUCCUCAGCAGCCUGCACUUCAUUGAAUUCUGCUACAGGUAACUCGCCUGGCUGCUCAUCAUCAACUUGUGUCUAUGGCAUCCAAUAUGGAGAUUCGUCUUUCUCGAUUGGAUUGUUUGCUAAAGAAAAGCUCACUUUGACAUCAAACGUUGUGUUUGACAACUUUCUAUUUGGUUGUGGCCAAAACAAUCAAGGCCUUUUUGGUGGUGCUGCUGGUUUGCUAGGACUCGGCCGAAAUAAACUAUCUUUUCCAUCACAAACCGCCAUAAAAUUCAAGAAAAUAUUUUCCUACUGCUUGCCAUCAUCUCCAAGCUCAACCGGCUUCCUAAAAUUCGGCAAUGAUGGUCUCUCAAAGUCUGUAAAAUUCACAACAUUAUCAACAAUCUCCGGAGGGGAAUCCUUUUAUGGCAUUACCAUUAUUGCUAUGAGUGUUGGUGGCAAGAAACUAUCAAUCUCGGCAUCGAUUUUAGCGGCUGGUGGUGCCAUCAUCGACUCUGGAACCGUCAUUACACGGUUGCCUCCAACUGCCUACUCGGCACUGAGAUCUGCAUUUCGAAAACAAAUGAACCAAUAUCCAAUGGCAAAACCACUUUCGAUAUUGGACACAUGUUAUGACUUUAGUAAGUAUUCUACAGUUAGUAUACCUAAGAUAAGCUUGUUUUUUGAAAAGGGUGUUGAGGUUCCGAUUGAUGCUAGGGGAAUUUUGUACGUUAACAGUAUCUCGCAAGUGUGCCUAGCAUUUGCAGGAAACACUAACGAUUUCGAUGUGCUGAUAUACGGGAACACACAACAGAAGACAUUGGAAGUGGUAUAUGAUGGUACUAGACGAAUGAUUGGGUUUAGAACUGGUGGUUGCACCUAAGUUUAGCUGAUAGCAACCAUGAUAUGAGAUUAAAAUUAGUUUCAAGCAUCUUCUUCUUGUAUCUAUAAUUCCAAGGAAAGAGGGGGAAACUUAUAUAAAACAAUAAUUCAAACAUGGUUUUGUAGUGUAAUGUUUUAAAUGCAAUUAUAUUUAGGUAUAUAAGAACUAUCAAUGGAAUUUCCAA